CGUCAUCGUCGGCGUUGUCGUCGGCGUUGAAAGAGGAACGACGCAAAGUUCGGUGAAGCUGCGACGAACUUCGCAAGAUGGUGAGACUUCCUCAACGACGGGGGGUGAUCGCCUUGCCAUAUCCGGUUGCUCAAGAUUUAAAGGAUAUCGAAGAAAACGCCUCAUUCGAGUCAAAGUUUUGAAGAUGUUGUCGCCGAGACGAUCGGACUCGGAGGGUACAGCCGGGGGCAGCAAAGACGACGAAAACGGUGCAAAGGCGUUUCUAUCGACAGGACGAACAGGAAGAAGGAACGCGUUACCGGAUAUUCAUGGAAGACAUGCUGCGACCAGUAUCUCUGAUCUACCGGAUCGUUUCGGAGAGUUAUCUACCGAAGCAGAUCGUAGCAUGAACGUUGCUGGACGGGAACCAAAUCAACCGAGUAUGUCGAAACAACACGUUGGUUGACACGUUUCUCAUAUUUAUUCGAUCAAGUCUUAUUUUAUUUAGGUGGCAAGCCUGCCUAAUAUAAAUUUAUAUCAAAGGAACGAUAUAUAAUCAUGCUCGUUCUAGUAACACAGUACGAUAAUACGCAUAGACAUACGUAUAUACAAAUAUUAAUAACAGGCGCUGCGUGCUUUUUAAAGUUGAAAAGAUCGAAAUCUUUUCUUUGAUCUCUCUUUCUUUCGAAUAGCAAUGGCUCGUCCAACUAUUGCUAUCGUUAUUUAAUAUACGUAUAUAUAUAUAUAUAUAUAUGUAGUUUCGUUCAUCUGUUUUCUUUCGUCGUCGUUCAAUCGAAUUUACAGAGCGCAACGAUACUCUACGAUAAUAAUAUUUCUAUAAACGAUUCUUCUUUCGUGAAUUAACGAUUAAAUAUAAAAAUGUUAAUACGAAGUUAAUAAUAACGAGAUAGUAUAGUACUGCGAUAAACUCCGUGAACAUUGAUAGAUAUGCGAACGUUUAUUAAACGUUAAUUUUUGUAAUUAAUUAAUACAUUAUACUUUUAUCUGUGUCGUUACGUUUUUCUUAAAUUCUUUUACGAAAGGACUCGAAUAUUUUCUUUCGAUUUAUUUUAAUAAAACUCUAAGUAGAACUCGAUUAGAUCGCCAUCGGCAAUAUCGUUUUUCGUUAGAUGUCGGUGACGUAAAUUAUUUAUGACGACAAACGAUUGUAAUCGCGCACUUAUUGGUAUAACACGUUAUCUUAUUAUCGUUGUAUACAUUAUUUAUAGUUCGCAACAAGCAAUUCUUACAGUAUUUUGACUAAUAUAUAAAUAGAGGGAAAAGGGAGAUUUUUUAGUAGGUGAUAUUUCAAGUUUCUACGACGAAACUUUACCGGUGUAUGUGUAUAUAUAUAUAUAUAUAUAUAUAUAUAUAUAUAUGUAUGUAUAUAUAUAUGUAUGUAUAUACACACCCACAUUCUUCAUGUAAAUACGUCAUCUCUUUUCUGUAUAAGAAGAAUCCUGUCUGCUCGCAUGGACACCCUUCGUUUGUGAAUUAUUGCGAAAACGAUUAAAAGGAUGAUAAGAUAUUUCAUGAAUAGCA